AUGUCUAAUCAUCUUCUUGGAUCCAUACCCUUUUCGAUUUCAAAACCACCAUCCAACGAGAAUGUUUGCCAGGUACAGGAAAGUAAAGAUAAGGCAGCUCCACAGAACGCUGUGACCUAUGUCUAUCAAGCUAAACUAGCCGGAUUGUGCUGCAAUGUCACAGCAACAUGGGGCAAAGACCUCAAAAAUCAUUUCCUUUGCAUCGAAGUGCCAAAGCCUUGUCAAGAAGCUCUCUACAUUUGCAAGAUUGACUUAAAUUCUUGUCAAUUGUGGGGCAAGAAAGGUCUCAAAUCCUUCGACAUAGAUGGAAGACGAGUAGAUGUUUACUGGGAUUUUCGACAGGCAAAAUUCUCUGGCAACCCGGAGCCAUGUUCCGAUUACUAUGUUGCCUUGGUGUCCAAGGCAGAGGUGGUUUUACUGCUAGGGGAUCUAGUGACAGAUGCUUAUAAGAGAACCAGAUCAAAACCGGCUUUAGAAGAGGCUACAUUGAUGUACAAGAAGGAAGUUGUGUGUGGAAAAAGACUGUUUUGCUCCAAAGCCAUGUUGGAAGUAGGGAGAGAAGAGCAUGACAUUGUCAUUGAAGCUUCACUAUCAGGGCCUAAUGAUCCUGAAAUGUGGAUUACUGUAGACGGGACAAUGACGAUUCGGAUCAUGAACUUGAAUUGGAGAUUUAGAGGGAAUGAGAGUGUGAUGUUGAAUGAUUUUCCAGUUGAAAUUUUGUGGGAUGUGUAUGAUUGGUUGUUUAGUAAACAAGCCACAGGCCAAGGCUUGUUCAUUUUCAAGCCAGGCAGGCUUGAUUGGGAGUCUAGUCAUAGCGACCCUGGUAGUAGAAAUUCUGAAUACAACUCACCAAAAGAGAGCUCAUCAACUAUAGAGUUUUGCCAUUUUCUUUAUGCCUGGAAAACUGAGUAA